AUGUCCGCAUUCAUGGAGAAGUACCACAUCGACAAGGCGCUCGGCACCACGUUGAGAGCCGUGCAGUCCGUGUGGGGCUGGACGCGUGAGCGGCUGUGGCCCAUCUACUCCGCCGCCGUCGUCUUCUCCCUCUUCCAGAUGAUCGCUGUCGCCUCGGAGAAGCAGAUCCUCGCCGACCACUACUACGGCGACGUCGAUGGGAAGUUCGAGGAGCACAAGGAUGAGCUUGUGCGCGAUGCCAAGAAGCUAUUCAACGAGGAGGUGGCGGUGGCGGUGAAAGAGCACGUGUGGCAGCUGUCCCCUGCGGCGUUCCGUCGCGAGUACAACAACCGCCUUGGCAGCGCUUAA